AUGAGCUUUAUAACAAGAUGUAUAAGAAAGAUAUUUUGCUGCGAAGAAGAAGUAAUUUUAAGAGAUGAUAAAGGAUCUAAUUACGUGAUUAAUAGGGAAGAAUACCCUCUUUUAGAAGAAGAAAAUUUAGAACAUAAUAAGAAUAUUGUAAGUCUUUAUAAGGGGAAUGAUAAUAUUGUUUAUAAUUCAAAUAUAGACAAUACAAGCAACCCUAACAUAAACACUGAUUAUAAUGAGACUGUUCCUAUUCUAAGUUUAUGUAAUGACAAUAAGUUGGGUUCAUUCAAUGUUGAUGAACAGGGGGUUGAUAAAGACAAGAAUAUUGUCAGCUUAUGUAAUGAUAAGUUAGUUGAUACUGAUUUGAACAUCCCUUCAGUGUCAGUCCCUAUAAGAAAGUCAAAUGUUAUUAUUAAGGAAAGAACAUUUUCCUUUAAUGAUAGCUUAAACUAUUUUAAGGAGCUUUCUUCUAAGAAUAACAAUAAGAGAGUUAAUAAGAUACUAACUUGA